UAUAUAGACAUAAAUAUCGAGAGAUGUAGUGAAAGUCGGCUUGUCUGUAUACCUGUCUCUUCGCAGGUGAGCUUUUAAGUAAAGUCACCCAUAGUAGGUCUAUUGAUCUCAUAUAGGCCCCUCCCUGUCAAUUCUUUGUAUACCGGUUUUAGCUUUUUUUUUUCCUACGGAAAAGUAUCAAUGGAUAUCGUGUUUUAAUGAACUUUUGUAUUGCCGACCUUUCCAAAGAGCCCUUGAAAACUGUUGCAAGGUUGGGUGAUUUUCUUAUCAAACCGUGCGUAUUAAAUAUACUUGUACACAUACGAAGCUCGUUGUUUACUGCUUCUCUUGGAAUUUUGUUUAUGGGUACCGGUUGAAGAAACGUGAAACUUUACUCAACUAGUUGUGUCCCCCCUCAAGUUUCCUCACCAUGGGAAAGAAAAGUGAGGCGAAUAAUGUUGAGUUGGAAAUUCGCGAAGAGCACGAUACAGACAUCAAGAAGAGAGAAACAUGGACCAAUAAAAUUGACUUUCUUCUGGCGUGUAUAGGAUUCUCCGUGGGUCUAGGAAAUGUCUGGCGCUUUCCCUACCUGUGUUAUAAAAAUGGAGGAGGUGCUUUCCUUAUACCCUACUUUCUGUUGGUCAUCAUUGGUGGUGUACCGCUGUUCUAUCUGGAAUGCGCAGUUGGUCAGUUCAUGGGAUUGUCGGGGUUCAGGGCAUGGGCCAUUUGUCCUUUAUUUCAAGGGAUUGGAAUAUCCUCCACCAUUGUCGUCUUCUUCCUGAAUUGUUACUACAACAUCAUCCUGUGCUGGUCCUUCUACUACAUGUUUAGUUCCUUUGCUUUGGAACUGCCAUGGGCUAAGUGCGGAAAAUGGUGGAAUACGGAGAACUGCUACGACUUCGACCAAGCUGAAAGUCCGUUUGUAAAAAAUAUCACGAACGCACCUAACUUCACAAAGCUGCUCUGCAGCAACGAAUCUCGUACAUAUAUCUCUGUAUACAACAUCAGCGGAAUGGAGACCAAUAUGACUCAUGUUAACGAGUCAUGUAUACCAAAGCACUUGCGCUUAGACUCCGUCCAAGAGUUUUGGGAAAACAAAGUGCUGAAUAUUUCCAAUGGAAUUGAACCUGAAAACAUGGGAGAGAUAAAGUGGGAUUUGGCCUUGACCUUGUUAUUCGCUUGGGUGGUUGUCUACUGUUGCAUAUGUAAGGGCAUCAAAUCAUCCGGAAAGGUAAUGUACGUGACAGCUACGUCGCCAUAUUUGUUCAUGGCUGCCUUGCUUAUCCGAAAUUCAGUUCUUCCGGGUGCAAGAGAUGGGGUCAUAUUCUAUUUGAAACCCGAUCUUUCGAAACUGGGCGACAUGGAGGUAUGGGUGGAUGCUGGAACACAAAUUUUCUUCUCCUAUUCUAUAGCUAUCGGCGCUCUAACAGCCUUAGGAAGUUACAACAAAUUCAACCACAAUUCUUACAGAGAUUGUAUCAUUUUUGCCUGUGCAAACAGUGGCACAAGUUUCUUUGCUGGCUUCAUUAUUUUCACCAUCCUGGGACAUAUGGCUGACAAACAGGGCGUAGACAUUGCAGAUGUGGCCGCAGGAGGCCCCGGACUUGCGUUCAUCGCGUAUCCGAAAGCGGUAUCACUCAUGCCGGGAGCGCCGGUGUGGUCCAUUCUGUUUUUCUUGAUGUUAAUUCUACUAGGAUUGGACAGCCAGUUUGUGGGUGUAGAAGGCGUGAUUUCUGCCAUUGUUGAUCAGUGGCCAAAUCUGUUACGUAGAGGUUACAGAAAAGAGAUCUUUAUCGGGAUUGUCUGCAUCUGCAAUUUCUUCAUAGGACUUUCCAUGGUAACGCGGGGCGGAAUGUACGUUUUCCAGUUGUUUGAUUACUAUUCAGGCAGCAAAAUCAUCCUGUUCAUAGCCUUUUUUGAAUGCAUUGCCAUAUCGUGGAUUUACGGCGUAAGAAGAUUCUACGACAACAUCGAGAUGAUGCUUGGAUACCGAAUCAAUCCGUAUAUGAUGAUAGCUUGGUCUUUCUCAUCGCCAAUUUUCUGCAUGGCUGUUUUCAUCAUGAGUGUGGUCAACUAUUCAGAGCUAGAUUACAAAAGACCAACAAAGGCUAAGUACCUUUUCCCCAGCUGGGCUGUGGGAGUUGGAUGGGGAAUGGCUGCCUUUGCUGCUGUUUGGAUUCCACUCAUGAUCAUCUACCGCUUCGUCAAAAUGGGAUUUUCCAGAGAAACGUUGAACUUUUUGUUAAAACCACAAGGACUAAAGAACCAUCAACUAAGACCACAGGAUCGUCCAGCAGUGCGUGAAGACAUAACAGGAAACCCUGCCACCAAAUACGUCGUAGACAACAACCCUCCACCAUACCAUGAAAAAGGUGGCUCUGCAAAUCCAGGGUAUCAGUCCGAAGAUGGACUUAACACUAAAUUGUAACUCAAAAGGAUUCAAAUUUUAGCUUUCCUUUUUAAAGGAAACAUUCCAAUUGUUCAAGUUAGCAAAGGGUUUGCUCAUAUUUAUCUUACUUACAGUCUUAAAUACAUCUUUUAUUUUUGUUUGUAAUAUUUUGUAGUCUUUUAUAAAUUUUAUACAUUUUCCCCUCAUUCCAACGUCUCUUCUUUUAGAUGUUCAUGUCUUUGAAAUUAUGACUUUAAUAAUUGCAAUAAAAUAUCAUUCCAUACACACAUUUUAUUGGUUGUCAAAGUAAUAUUAAAUUCUGGAACAGUGAUAAAUGUUAAACCUUCACAUAGCAAUUUGUAUGGUAAUGCUGGUAUUUUAAUCAUUAUCUUUGUUGGACAUUCUGAUAAAAUUUGGGUAAAUGUAGAGAACUUGUGAUGGUCGUGGGCAAUUUGUACGAAAAAAUUCCAUGUAAAUUCCAGUUGUACAGUAUAUGUAUCACUAAUAAUCAAUCCCAAAGCAAAAAGAAAGAACUCUAUUAUUUCCAUCCUGAAAUGUGUUAGUUUAACGUAGUUUACAUUGAGUGUAGUGCAUAUACUGCUUGAUAUCUUUACUUCAAAUAUAUACAUGUACAUCAAGUGCAAUUUAUACGUGUGAAUGUUUGGUAGAUUGGACUAAAUUCAAUCUACGAACUCAUUUUUUUACAAAACAUAGAGAUAUUAAACGGGCGUAUUAACAGGUAGUUUCAGAGACAUAUCAAUGUAGUUUAGACUUACAAAUUUUCUUUUUUAUAUUCAGCACAAAUAUUUUUAACAAAAGAUUAUACACUAUAUUUUGUAAUAAAACAAAUUGGAAAAAUGAA